AUGUCGAUGUCGAUGCUCUUCCCCCGCGUGCGCCUGGGUGCGCAGACUACGCUGCGCAGUGUCGCGCCUGCGCGUCUGAGCGUGCGCCCCGCUGUUCGUGCGUACCGCACGCAGGCGGCUACCAUGCCUGUGCAGAGUGGCCGCUUCAUUGCGUCGGCUGGCCUCAUGGCCGGCACCUCGGCGCUGCUGGCCGGUGCGUACACCUGGAGCAUGCAGCCCGUUGCGUGCGAGGCACGUAUCCAGAACCCGCCUCUGCCUGAGCCAAAGACCAAGGAGGAGGCCAAGAGCAUCGUGAACCUGUACGAGCUCUCGUUUGGCACCGUGUGCGGCCUGUGCGCCGGUAUCUUUAUCAAGAAGGGUCUGAAGCUUGUCGCGAUUCUGCUGGGUGGUACCUAUGUACUUCUGCAGUACCUCGCCUCGCGCAGCUUUAUCAAGGUGAACUGGUCGAGCAUCGAGUCGGUGUACAACUCGUCGCUGAACGGCCUCGCGGGACCCGCCGAUGCAGCCAGCGGCAAGGCGCAAAACUACCCCCUGGUGCGCAUCUGGCGCCGCACGGUCAACUUCCUCACGGCCGACUUCCAGCAGCGCGCGACGUUCAUCGCCGGUCUCGUCCUGGGUCUCCGCCUGGGAUAA